AGUAUCUUCCUGGAGAAGCCAUCAUGGGUUAGGAAAAAAGGAAGAACGUGACCACGUGGGCUGACCAAUUGGAGCAGCCCAGAUGAAACAUAACCCAAGACCAGCCAAGAGUGGCUAAGAACAAAGCAAAGGGACAUAUUUUGGGAGCACGGGGCUCCAACUAUAAAGAGGGAAGUCACUCAAGUCCUCACACCAGGUAUUACAGCACACAGCAUCAGCCCUCGGGCUGGGUGUCAGUUUCACAAUAUGAUCAAGCACACCAUCCCCUGGGAGUGAUGGAGUACACCCACUAUGGCUGCUUCCGUGGCAUAGGCAGCUCAGGCACCCCAGUGGAUGACUUAGACAGUUGCUGCCAGACUCGUGAUCACUGCUGCAGUCAAGCCAAGAAGCUGAAAAGUUGUGAAUUCCUCAUAGACAACCCCUACGACCAACACAUACUCAAACACAAGAAUGUGAUCACCUGCAGUGACCAAAACAUCGACUGUGAGAACUUCAUCUGCAACUCUGACCGGCAGGCUGGCAUCUGCUUCUCCAAGGCCCUGUACAACAAGGAAUACAAAGACCUGGACACCAAGAAAUUCUGUUAGGCUGUCACCCCACU